ACUAAGAUGGCUGCGCCCAUCGCCAGCCACUUCAUGUCAAGAACGAGGAUUUUUAGUGCCAAAAGUAUUGAUAGUUUGUGGAUUUACCUUUGUUGUAACGAACAAUACCCCGGAAGGAAAUGAAGUAGUAGAACAACAAAAGAUCGGAGAUUCGGUCCCCACAAAUAGGCUGAUUAAAUGGACCCCGUGCUAGAAUCACCGAGUGAGCUUUGCUUUGAGUCACUUCAUACUGGCGAAGGGGACAAAUCUGUCUCCGAGGAAGUUACACAAACACCCAUUUCAAAAGACACAGAGGAUGACAAAGAAGAAGUUAUCCCAUUGAAUGAAGGUAGCGAUAUCUCGGAAUUCCCUGUGGACGAAACAGUGGACGACACACACGGCGAAAGAUCAGGAGUUAUACAGAGAAUAAAACACGACGCUGUUUAUAGAGAAAAUGUUUUUCUCAGUCUUACUAUCUGCUGGACCUUUUUUGUAUUGGGUUGGGUGGUAGGUCAGUUUGGUCCGGCUCUUCCUGAACUCCAAAUCAUCACCGGAUCGCCCUUAGAAAAAGCGUCGGCGUUCCUAACAGCCGGAGCUACAGGGUACAUGGUUGGUUCCCUCCUGAGCGGGAUACUGUUUGAUCGGUUAAACAAACACCUACUUGUGUGUUCCUUCACCGUCUGUGGUUUUGUCAACUUUAUCAUCAUCCCUUGGUGUUACCGGUAUGAACUGAUGAUCGUGGUACAGUUCUGUCGUGGGAUGUUCGGUGGAGGACUCGAUGCUGGUGGGAAUGCUCUCUUGGUGUGGACAUGGGAGGGAGAUGGACGCUCCUUCAUGCAGGCCAUACACUUUGCCUUUGCAAUUGGUGGUAUAGUAUCUCCGAUGGUGAUAGUCCCAUUCCUUUCGAAAAUGGAUAAUGAUGCAAAUGUGAAUCAUUCACUUUCAUUAACACCCGAGGUUAAUAUAUCUGAUUCUCAAGUGUUUACAGGUAUAUCAAGUCAUCGUUCUGAAAAAUGGGCCAACAAUUUUACGUCAUUUUCGACAGCACCAUAUAGUGACAGACCUGGACAGUCUAAAUUGUACGUGGAUUUUCUCAUCACGUCAGCAUUACAUCUGUCAUGCGCAGUCCCUCUGUUUUUAUUAUACAUUCGCGCAAAGAAACAACAUAGCUGUACAAAAGAAAGCAAAGCUGAUGGAACUAUUUCCCAAGUUCAUCAGAAAGUGGACAGCAGCAGGAAAAUUGUUGAAUUUUGUACAAUUUGCUUGUUUCUAGCACUGAACGCAGCUUUGGAAAAUACAUUUAAUUACCUCCUUGUCACGUUUUGUAUCGAACAAAUGACGUGGACAAAAGUCCAGGGAUCUUUUGCCACGUCGCUAUUUUGGGCAACAUUCGGAACAGGUCGGUUUCUAGGAAUUUGGCUGAUAAAAAUGUUAAAGCCGGUAGUUUUGAUUGGAGUAUUUACAACAUCGUUAGGGUUUGUUUUUUUAGCGUUUGUAGUGUUUUCAUAUUUAAAAAUUGAUGCUGGAAUAUGGGCAUGCGCAGUGAGUGCUGGAGCUGCAAUGUCAAUAAUUUUUCCCACCGUAUUCACAUGGACAAAUGAAAGUUUUAUCACAAUGAGCGGGAAAGUAGCAUCUCUCUUUUUGAUAUCUGCUUCCUGUGGCGCAAUGAUCAACCCAAUAUUGUUGGGUUAUCUUAUGGAAAACUUUACGCCUAUGUGGUUUGCAUAUCUUCUUUUCGGGGACAGCGUUGCAGCAAUAGCUGUAUAUAUCAUCAUGCUGCUUCUCGUCAGGCGACAAGCGCGCACCUGUAAAGAACCUGCUGAAGAGGCCACAAUGUAAAAUGACCUUUCCAAUGACGAGAGUAUUUUCACAACCAUUCAAUGGUUUGACAUUAAUAUCUAUUCAUGAAUCCAUCCAGCUCUUACACUUACAACGUGGUGUUGGUGGUUGUGUUGGUAGCUGUGUUUGUGGUUGAGGUGGUAGUUGUGUUGGUAGUUGUGUUUGUGGUUGAGGUGGUGGUGAUAUUAUUAAUAACGAAACCAAAUCAAUUGUGUAUAUUUUGGUAAUGCUCAACCAUUUCUUAAAAAUUAUCCCGGUUUAAAAAAAAAAAAAAAAAAACCAUCUUUAUAGCUAACGACAAUAGCCUUACAUGUACCGGCGAUUGUUUCCAUAAUCAAUACAAAUUGAUGAAAUCU